AUGAAUUUUCAAGAGUCUUGUUUUUAUUACAAAACCCCUACAUUUAAUUGGAAAAUAGAUUCACGAUUAAUUUUGUCCAGUAACCUUCGUUCUACUGAUCGUGGUGCAUCAUUGGAAGUUGUCCAUGUUGUUGAGAAAAAAACGAAAUUAAGAAUUGAAAAGCUGCAGUGCCAAGCAACAGAGAGUGAAUGUCAUGAAAUUCACAAGGAUUUGGAACCAACCCUGAAAGUGACAAGCAGACCUAAUGAAGUGAGAGACCGCCUACUUAACAUUAACCUGAACACAUUUGACGGAGUGGUGGCUGUGGGUGGAGAUGGGAUUUAUAACGAGGUCCUCUCAGCACUUCUGGACAGAGAAAUGCGAAAUAGUGGUCUUGAUCCGAAUGACCCUGACUCUAGACUUGUUCCAAUAAAACUGCCAGUAGGAAUAAUUCCAGCAGGAUCAGGAAAUUAUACAGCUUGGUACCUAAAUGGAACAAAAUGUCCUAAAACGGCUGCGAUAAGAAUCGUGUUGGGUGACUGUGUUGCUACCAACAUUGCAAGCCUUCAUCAAGGCAACAAAUGUUCGGGCUACUCGAGUCUUAUUCUUGGUUUUGGUUUGUUUGGAGACGUUAUGAGAGAUUGUGAAAAAUACAGAUGGAUGGGAACAAGCCGAUUCAAAGUGAUACCUGUUGGAACGGUGUUGAGCAGACGGCCUGUAAAUGUAAUCAUAUCGUAUAUUUCCGCCAAAUCUGGCAACAAUAACUCUAAAAUAAAUAACAGAGCGACAACCCUGAAACAAGAAUUCCACCGCCAAAUAUCUGUUCCUGCUUUUAAUACCAAAAAGGCUCGGGUGAAUUUUCAGAAAAGAACAGUUUCUUCGUCUGACACUUUCGGAGCAUCUUCAGAAUGGAAGACGGCGGAAGACAGGGUUGUGUAUGCAGUUGAUACAUACCCAAUUACUAUGAAACCGAACGGAACAAAAAUGGUGCCUCAUUUUGCAGACGAUUCUUUGAAGUUAAUAAUCACGCAGAAAUGUAAGCUCAUGGAUCAUAUUCGACAACUGAAAGAAGUGGACGACGGGAAAUCAACUUGUUACGACUUCAACUUUGUCAGAACCAUCAAUGUACAGAGAUAUCGAGUUCGAAUUUUGAAAAAUGAAACCCAGGAUUUUUUUGUUAAUUGUGACGGAGAAGUCAUUUGCCUCGAUGGACCAGAAUUCGACGUUAGUCUGCAUAAACAGGUCGUCAAACUGUAUGGAAAACUCAACUAA